CAAAAGAGAGACUCUACAGUGGUGGGUAAUUCACUGGUCCAUAAGCGGUCUCCUUUACGUCGAAGCCAUAAGACCUCAGCAUCUCUGACCAAGCUGUCGUUACGUGAUGGACAGAAAGCCAAAAAGCCACUGUGUAAAUUUGAAGAAGGUCAGGAUGUCCUAGCUAGAUGGUCAGAUGGCUUGUUUUAUCUUGGAACUAUCAAAAAGAUAAACAAACUGAAACAGAACUGCUUCAUUAUAUUUGAAGACAGUUCCAAAUCCUGGGUUCUCUGGAAGGACAUACAAACAGGAGCCACUGAAAGUGGGGAAAUGGUCUGUACAAUAUGUCAGGAAGAGUAUUCAGAAGCACCGAAUGAAAUGGUUAUAUGUGAUAAAUGUGGGCAAGGUUAUCAUCAGCUGUGUCACACACCAAAUAUUGAUUCCAGCGUGAUUGAUUCAGAUGAUAAAUGGCUCUGUCGACAGUGUGUUUUUGCAACAACAACAAAGAGGGGUGGUGCGCUUAAGAAAGGACCAAAUGCCAAAGCACUGCAAGUCAUGAAACAAACGUUACCUUACAAUGCAACAGACCUUGAGUGGGAUGCAGGUCAUAAAACCAAUGUCCAGCAGUGUUACUGCUAUUGUGGAGGACCUGGAGACUGGUAUCUAAAGAUGUUGCAGUGCUGCAAAUGUAAGCAGUGGUUUCAUGAGGCUUGUGUGCAGUGCCUCCAAAAGCCAAUGCUUUUUGGUGACAGGUUUUAUACGUUCAUUUGCUCAGUUUGCAGUUCUGGACCAGAAUACCUCAAACGUUUACCCUUGAGAUGGGUAGAUAUAGCACAUCUAUGCCUUUACAACCUAAGUGUUAUUCAUAAGAAGAAAUACUUUGAUUCAGAACUUGAACUCAUGGCCUAUAUUAAUGAAAACUGGGAUAGAUUGCAUCCUGGUGAGCUGGCAGAUACACCAAAAUCUGAAAGAUAUGAGCAUGUACUGGAGGCAUUAAAUGAUUACAAGACCAUGUUUAUGUCUGGAAAAGAAAUAAAGAAAAAGAAGCAUUUGUUUGGCUUGAGAAUUCGUGUUCCUCCUGUUCCACCAAAUGCUGCUUUAAAGGCUGAGAAAGAACCAGAAGGAACUUCUCAUGAGUUCAAAAUUAAAGGCAGAACAUCGUCCAAACCAAUCCCUGAUGCAAGGGAAUUAAGUAAUGGUAUAGACAGAAAGGGGAAAAAAAAAUCAGUAGGUCGUCCACCUGGUCCCUAUACAAGAAAAAUGAUUCACAAAACUCCAGAGUCAUCUCCUCUGGAUAAUGAACCAGUUCCAGUGAUAGAGAACCCAGCCUUGGAAUUACCCUGCAGUGUUGGGAAAUCUGAUGGAACUGCACAUUCAUCCAAUACCUCAGAUGUGGAAUCCACAGGUGCUGCCAGUAUGAAAGAAACUACCUCAUCUAGCAUUUCCAGACAUUAUAGUUUAUCUGACUCGAGAAAAAGGACUCGUACAGGAAGAACUUGGCCUGCUGCAAUACCACAUUUAAGGAGGAGAGGUCGCUUUCCACGAAAAGCACUCCAAACUCAAAAUUCAGAAAUUGUAAAAGAUGAUGAGAGCAAGGAUGAUUACCAGUAUGAUGAACUCAAUACAGAGAUACUUAACAACUUAGCAGAUCAGGAGUUACAGCUCAAUCAUCUAAAGAACUCAAUUACUAGUUAUUUUGGAGCAGCAGGUAGAAUAGCUUGUGGGGAAAAAUACCGUGUUUUGGCUCGUCGGGUAACACUUGAUGGAAAGGUGCAGUAUCUUGUGGAGUGGGAAGGAGCAACUGCAUCCUGACUGUAGGACUGAACAUUAUGUUCACUGCACUGUCAUCUCUAAGUACAGUUCAUAAUGCAGAGCCAAGAGGGAAAUGUGUCUUUAAAUGUGUUCUUAAAAACAAAACAAGACCAGUUUAGCCUUAACAUGUAACUGUUAUCAUUACAGCUGUUGUGAUAAAGACUUAUCUUUUUAAAAUCUGAUCUGAAACUUAAAUUUUUUAAUCUGAACAUUAUUAGAUUGUUUUAGGUUGGGAUAUUUUGGGUUACAAUUGCUUAAAAAUGUGCAUGGUGUUU